AUGGGACAAAAAACACAUCCGUUAGGAUUCAGAAUAAAUAUAACUCAAAAACAUAGAUCCUCUUGGUAUGCAAAAAUGCAAGAAUACAGUAAUCUCUUACAAGAAGAUCAUAAAAUUCGAUCAUAUAUUUAUAGCUGUUUGCAAAAUGCAAGUAUAUCAUCCAUCUAUAUUCAUAGAAAAGUAGAUCAGAUUGAAGUAUAUAUUCACACUGCAAGGCCUGGAAUAGUACUUGGAAAAAUGGGAACAGGUAUAGAAAACUUAAGAAAACAACUAGUCAGACAAUUAAAGGAUAAUAAACAAAUUCGUGUCAAUGUUAUUGAAAUUAGAGAACCUGAUCAAGAAGCUAGUUUAAUAGCUGAAUUUAUAACACAACAGUUAGAAAAAAGAAUAGCUUUUCGAAGAGCAGUUAGACAAGGUGUACAAAGAUCACAAAAAGCCAAUGUGAAAGGAAUUAAAGUACAAAUAUCUGGUAGACUAAAUGGAGCUGAAAUAGCCCGUAGUGAAUGGAUAAGAGAAGGAAGAGUUCCUUUACAAACGUUGAGGGCAGAUAUUGAUUACUCAUAUAAAACAGCUCAAACAAUUUAUGGAAUUUUAGGAGUAAAAGUUUGGCUUUUUAAAGGAGAAAAAUUACCUUCAUCUACAAUAAAGAUAAAUAAACAAUGA